CAGUCCAACGCCCCACUCCGAGCUGACAGCACGCUCCGACCGCGACCCGACGCCGCGGAUGAUCGCGAACAAACACAACCUCACAGACGCCGCCUGAUUAAAAUAUUUUAAGUGUUGCAUCCGUAUUUUUGUAAAGUGCGAAAACGGUGAAAGUAUUUUUUUUUUAAUAAUAAUAAAGUGUGAUAGCGAGUCAGGCGGGCGGAGGCUCGGGUGGGGCGCGUUCCGCUGACACAGUGGCUCAGUCCGCCGCCGGUCGCCGAGUGGCAAGCACCAUCGAUUUUCUCCAUACGACAGUUCGCGAGAUACAAACUACAUACACGCUCCGUCUACCAGGGUGAACAACAAUUAGUGAUAACAAACAUGCAUAUUGAAGUGCAAGUCGCCCUAAAUUUCGUCAUAUCGUACCUGUACAACAAGUUACCAAGACGGCGGGUCAACAUCUUCGGUGAGGAGUUGGAGAAGGCAUUGAAGGACAAGUUCAGGGGGCACUGGUACCCCGACAGGCCAUGCAGAGGCUCGGCGUUCCGGUGCCUGAAGACGGGAGGCCCACUAGACCCCGUCCUAGAGAGAGCAGCGCGAGAGUCAGGAGUGCCCGUGAGAGAUGUCCUAGAACACCUACCGCGGGACCUCGCCGUCUGGGUUGAUCCAGGCGAAGUAUCAUACCGCAUUGGGGAAAAGGGUGCGGUGAAGGUGCUCUUCAGUAGCGACGAGCGAGCAGCCGACGAGAGGACCGACCGAGAGGUAACCCGUGCGUUCAACCCUGAGGCGCAGUGCUUCCGGCCCGUUGAGCCAGCAGCGGCGCCAUCACCGCCCGCGCCAGCUGCCUUUUCUCCAGCGCCACCCUUCCGGGCGCAACCUCUUACAUUCACGACAGCGACUUUUGCGCAGACCAAGUUCGGAAGCACGAAGCUGAAGACGAGCAGCAAACGCGCGAACCGCAUGUCUCCCACCGAGUUCAGCAACUACAUCAAGCAGCGCGCGAUGCAGCAGCAGCUGGCGGCGCGCGCGCUGUCGCCCGCCUCGGACCCCGCGGCGUACUUCGUCGCGCGGCGCGAGCCCGCCCCGUCCUCCGCGCCCCCGUACCCGCCGGCGCCGGCGCACCUGCUGCUCGCCAACUGAGCCGCGCAUGCGCGCUAGCCGCACCGCGCGACCCGCUCAUAGAGUCUUUACUUUUUUACGAGAGAGACGCGCGCCGCGAUUUAUUUUUUUAUUUUCCGCGGGGGCGUCCCGCGCCGCCCGCCGCUUGUGAUAUCCGUACGAUUUUCCAUAACUUUUUGUAUUCUCGUUCGUUACGUCGAUGUGUAAAUUUAUCGAUAGGAGCAAUAAUCUGCCGCGCGACUCGCCGGCGAUUUAUUUUCGUAAUAUUUAAUGCUGAGUCAAGUUUUUGAUGUCUUCGUUCGAUAUCGAUAUAUUCGUAGGGUGUAAGGGAGCGAGAGGCCGACUGGCCGCGUGCGCUUACGACGACGUACCUUCUAGAGCGAGCCUGUAUACAUACGUCCUCCGAUCUAAGAGAAAUACUGAUAUUUAAAAUAUGUAUACAUAAUAUAUAUUCGUACGCGAUAAUCGUCUAAUUUUUCACGUGGAAACGAGGCCAAUAGAGAAAUUACGUAUUUUUAAUAUUGAAAUUGAUAAAUAAUUCAUACUUACUAUUAUAGUGUACUAGUACCUACGUAUUGUACUCGUAAUAAAUAAUUGCAUAUCCGGUGGGACGUGGUCGGACGGCGGCGGGCCGCCCGAAGGCGUCGGAGAUCUCACAAAUAGUGAUAAUGAGCAUCACUCGUACGAUUGUGUACCCUUGUAAUAAUUAUUAUUAUAAUACUAUACAUAAUAUAUUAUAGGUUUAGCUACGUUUCAAUCUAACAGUAUUUUUUUAAGAAGAUAUUAGUCCUUGUGUACAUUUGCCGGUCGACCGCGUCGCGGCGCCCGGCCUUAGCGUGUAUGGUAUACUUAUAUUGUUAUAAAAGACAUGAAUAUGGAUAAAUGAUAGAAAAAAUAUUUCUCAAUUCAUUAAGAAUAACGGGUGCAUGCAAAUUCAUAAAUAAAUACUAUGUGUUAUUUAUCUUUUUUAUAUUUCACUUGGCGGUCGGUGCAGUUUGUCAAUGGUCAGUGGUGUAGGUGCAGGCAGGUAUGCCAGUGUUGUAUCAGCGCACUGCACGCCCGCGUUCCAUGCACAACACUCACUAUUUUGUACCUAAACUGAUAUGUACAACUAUUUUUUACUAUUUUUAUAUUUUGAUUUAGAAUUAAGCCUAGUUGUAUGGUUUCAACCUUAACGUGUACUUUAUUAACGCCCUAUUAUUAAAAUAUUACGUAAUAAUAUGUAAUAAUAUCGGUGAUUAUGAUUGUCCAUUGAGAAACUGACCGAAAUGCUACAGUAUUUUGUAGAUAAAAUCUAUAAUGUAAGUUUAAUAAUAAUACAACUUAGCGUAAAGAGAUUUUUUAUUAUAAAGAUACUUUUUAUUUUUCUUUCUUUUGUAAGAUAUAUUCGAUGGAAGUGUUAAAGAUAAUAUAAUAUUUGCAUAAUAUAGUAAAUGCGGCUCUCCAUGUCCGCUAAUAUAAUUAGUCAAUAAUAAUUUUUCAUAUUGUUGUAC